AUGGCCGUCGGCGGCGCAUUCGACGAACUCAAGCCUAAGAGCAUCGAGAUUGCCAUAGAUCGCGGAGGUACCUUUACAGAUGUUUGGGCAAAAGUGCCUGGGCGCUCUGACAUUGUCAUCAAACUACUCUCUGUCAAUCCCGAGUCGUAUGACGAUGCGCCAGCCGAAGGGAUUCGUCGUGUCCUGGAAUUGGCCACCGGCCAGACUAUACUCCGAUCGGAGUUACUACCUAAAGAAUUGAUCAGAUCAAUUCCUCUCCUGGAACGAAAAGGAACACGGCACGCUCUCGUCGUUACGGAAGGUUUCCGUGAUGUCCUCGAGAUUGGCUACCAGACCCGCCCAAAACUUUUCGCCUUGGGCAUUCGUAAGCCGGAAUUACUCUAUGACCACGUUUGUGAAAUCUCGGAGAGAAUUGCUUUUGAAGGCUUCACCGAGGACUCUCGGUUCGGCCGCGAGGAUACACCGGGAACACUGGUUCGUGGAGUUACAGGGGAUCUUCUCCGCAUUCUCAAACCACUCGACGAGACGGAAGUCCGAAACAAGUUGGCUCUUAUUCGAGAGAAGGGGAUUGAUACUCUCGCCAUCUGCCUCGCACAUUCGUAUCUCUAUCCCAACCAUGAGCUCCGCGUCGCAGAGAUUGCUGCCGAACUUGGCUUCCAGUACAUUUCGAUUUCCUCCAGCGUCGCGGGCGGUAUGGUCAAAAUGAUCCCGCGCGGCAGUUCUGCCGUAGCAGAUGCUUAUUUAACCCCCAAGAUCAAAGAAUACGUGACGGGCUUCUCGCGCAGAUUUCAGGGCGGAAACCUUGAUGGCGUGAACUGUCAGUUCAUGCAAAGCGAUGGAGGCCUCACUAGCUACGACAAAUUCAAUGGUCUUCGCGGAAUUCUGAGUGGCCCCGCAGGUGGUGUUGUGGGCUUCGCGAGAACAUCAUAUGACGGGAAAACGCCCUUGAUCGGCUUUGACAUGGGUGGCACAUCAACAGAUGUUAGUCGAUUCGGCGGAAACUACGAGCAUGUUUUUGAGACGACGACGGCGGGAGUCUCUCUUCAGAGUCCCCAGCUAGACAUUAACACCGUCGCCGCCGGAGGCGGCAGCAUCUUGUCUUGGUCAAACGGGCUUUUCAAGGUCGGACCAGAGAGUGCAGGAGCCCACCCUGGGCCUGCCGCUUACCGCAAAGGCGGCCCGUUAACAGUCACCGAUGCAAAUCUGUAUCUCGGACGAAUAAUCCCCUCUUUCUUCCCAUCAAUCUUUGGCCCGGACGAGAAUCUCCCUUUGGAUACAGAGAUUGUCGCUCAAAAAUUUGAGGAGCUGACCCGCGCCAUUAAUGCGGAGACUGGGCGAUCGAUGACACCACAGGAAGUGGCUUACGGGUUCCUCGACGUCGCAAAUGAGGGCAUGUGCCGACCCAUUCGUGCCAUUACUGAAGCGCGUGGCUUUGAGACGAGUCAGCAUCAGUUGGCUGUCUUCGGUGGUGCGGGAGGCCAGCAUGCCUGUGAAAUCGCCUCCAGACUGGGCAUCAGACGAGUCAUUCUCCACAAGUACUCAAGCAUUCUUUCCGCCUACGGAAUGGCCCUCGCCGAGGUUGUCCAGGAGGCCCAGGAACCUAGUAGCGAAAUAUUGUCCGACAAGACGUUGCCAAAGGUUCAGGAGAGGAUAGAUGCCCUGAAAGAGACUGUCAGAAAAAGCCUUGUAUCCCAGGGGAUACCUCUGAAGGCGAUCGUCUUCGAGUCGUUUUUGAACCUGCGAUACCACGGGACUAAUACCAAUUUCAUGAUUCAGCAACCCGCGGAUGGAGACUGGCGGGCGCUCCUUGAGGCCACCCAUCUAAGGGAGCUAUCGUUCUCUUUCUCGCAAGACCACAAGGUCAUUAUCGACGACAUUCGUGUUCGCGGCAUUGGGAAGGGCGACAACACUACCGCAGACUCUGAUGCUUUGGCUAAGGAAUUGGCGGAAUCAGCGUUCUCCUGCACGAAAUCUGUCCACACAAAAUUGAGCUCGGUGUUCUUCUCCGGAAAGCUCGUAGAUGCGAAGGUUUAUAAGCUCGACGAAAUCCCCACGGGGAGCGUCGUACACGGUCCGGCAAUUGUGAUUGACAAUACUCAGACCAUUGUUGUCGUCCCUGGAGCGGAGGCAAAGAUUUUAUCUUCGCAUGUGGUGAUUGAGAUGCCGAGCGCCCACCUUAAGGACUGUAAUGACGACGAAGUCAAUGUUGUCGAUCCUAUCAAGCUCAGCGUUUUCUCUCACCGGUUCAUGAGCAUUGCAGAGCAGAUGGGUCUUACUCUCCAGAAGACCAGUAUCUCUCUAAACAUCAAGGAGCGCUUAGAUUUCAGCUGUGCCGUCUUCGGUCCUGAAGGCGACCUUGUCGCAAAUGCGCCGCAUGUCCCUGUCCAUCUCGGUAGUAUGAGUUAUGCCGUCAAGUAUCAACAUGAGAGACAUAAAGGCAACCUGAGACCUGGGGAUGUUCUCGUGUCGAACCAUCCGGAGGCCGGCGGAACACAUCUACCAGACAUUACUGUUAUUACACCCGUAUUUGAAAGUGACGGAAAAACCAUUUGCUUCUACACAGCAUCUCGUGGGCACCAUACAGAUAUCGGAGGGCUCCACGGUACUUCAAUGCCGUCCAAUUCCACCUAUCUAUGGCAGGAAGGUGCCUUGAUUGAGUCCUUCUUUCUCGUCAGGGACGGUCACUUUGAUGAGGAGGGAAUCGUCAAUAUUCUCACCGAGCCUGGGAAAUACCCCGGGGUUACCCCGUCGCGCAAGAUCCACGAGAACCUCUCUGAUCUGAAAGCCCAAAUCGCGGCAAAUGCGAAGGGGGCCCAACUCAUUGACAGCCUAAUGGAAGAGUACGGACGGAACAUGGUGCAUUUCAACAUGACGGAAAUCCAGAAAAACGCCGAGUUGGCCGUUCGGAACUUUCUCAAACAAAUAAGGGCACAGAGGGGCGCCGUCACUCUCCGUGCCACUGAAGGGAUGGAUAACGGCGCCAUCAUGAAAGUGGCAAUUUCAAUCGACGAAGACGGCACGGCUACCUUUGAUUUCACAGGGACGUCAAAUGAGAUGCACUCCAACAUGAAUGCGCCUGUUGCAAUCACGUACUCAGCCAUCAUAUAUAUCCUGCGGCUCCUCAUUGGCAGCGACAUUCCUCUCAACCAAGGCUGUCUGGCUCCUACAAAGGUCAUCAUUCCCAAGGGCUGUUUCUUGAAUCCAACAGUUGGAUCGGCAGUCUCCUGCGGCAACACUCACACUAGCCAAAGACUUGCGGAGUUACUGAUCAAGGCCUUCGAUGCCGCCGCAGCAUCGCAGGGCUGCAUGAAUUGCUUUGCAUUCUUCGACAAGUCUGGUAAUGACAUUGACGGAACCCCCCUCCCUGGCUACGGGUACAAGUACGGUGAAACGAUUUGCGGUGGCGAAGGAGCUGGCCCUACUUGGCACGGAGCGUCCGCGGUGCAAAUUCAUAUGACGAACACGCGCACGACUGAUAUCGAACUUCUUGAGAGGCGUCUACCCAUCUUGAUCCGGGAGUUUUCUAUCCGUCGAAGCAGCGGCGGGAGGGGCAAAUUCAACGGCGGGGAUGGGAUCGUACGCGUUUGGGAGUGCCGGGUUCCCCUCACCUUCUCCAUCAUCACCGAACGACGAGUACGGCCGCCGUUUGGCAUGCAUGGCGGCGAGGACGGACAGGCUGGGGUGAACUUCUGGGCCAAGAAGCAGGAAGAUGGAAGCCACAAAAUCAUUUUUCUUGGCCCUCGGGGCCUCGUGGAAAUGGAGACUGGUGACCAAUGUAUUGUGUGGACUCCUGGCGGCGGUGGAUGGGGCACGCCUAUUGAGGGAGCGAAUGGUGUUGCAAACGGGGUCGACAGUGCUGGCUCGGGGAAGACAGAGGUAGAUGGAAAGAGGGUUGACGAUGAUAUAGAGCAAUAUCCGAGGGCUAGCGGGAGUUACCAUAAGUUCAUGUCUGAACAAUUGGCGGCAUCAUAA